UUGUGCGCCAAUAUUUCGUCUAAAGUAAGUUUGUUGUUUUCAACAAAUUUAACUUCAGUUGUUACUUGUUUAGUGUGCAUUCGAAUGAAACGUAAGCGGAUUUUCGAACUGAAAUCAUUAAAAGUUUUUUAAGGGUGAUGGAGGCGUCACCAGACGCUCCCAGGCGCACCCGAGCUGCUUUGGCUGAAAUUCCCGCGCGUCUUGAUCGUUUGCGAGUCACACCCUUGAGACCUCUGACUAACACUCGAGAGCAGUCGCCGGCCCUUCCGCCAGGGUAUUUAAGCCCCGCGCCCUCGCCUGAUGAGUUUCUCAUCCAGCAAAGAGGUCGUAAACGGCUCCCAGUGACGUGGUCACCGGACAUCGAUUUAAAGCGAUCAGCUUUCGAAUCAACUGUCCGUACACCACCUAAAAACACUCCAGGAAGGAAUUCACCACCAAAACUCGGUGUAACAUUACGAUCCACCCCCAGAAAACGUCUUCUAUUAGGCGAUGUCGAACGAGUACCACUAACCCCUGAAAAAAUUGACUUUAGCGACAUCAGUACACCUCAAAAAUUUAAAAUCAACAGUCCAAUCAAAGUAACUCCGCCAUUAAAGCGAUCGCGUCUUGAAAAGGUUUUCGAUGGAGAAUAUAAAGGACCUUUAGACACUGCUCUGAAAGGGUUGAGUCCGACUCAACUAAUACACAUGAUAAAAAAGAUAACUUACAAACACCCCGAUAUUGAACAAGAGAUACGUAGAGAAAUGCCUGCCCCGGACUUAUCUCCUUUGGAAGAGAAGCUGUAUUAUCUAAAGUCUAACAUUUUUAAAAGUUUGCCCACAACUCGCUUGACCUCUAAAACUGACUCACCCGCAUAUUCACGGGUCGCGAUACAUCUCGCCGCUUUCAAAAAGUGUCUCGUCGAGCAAGGUAAAAUCUUGGUCGAUUCCCAACAUUGGGAAUCUGUAAUGAAAUACGUUUUUCUCGCUUGGAGUUACGCGAGAUCGACACCAGUAUGGGAUAAUCACAUCCAUAACGCGCACAGGAAACAAUGCUUUAAAGCACUCGGUAAUUUUUGUAUGACGGCCCUCAAAAAGGGUAGUUUUGAUAAAGAUUUCAUAGCUGAUGUUGAAGAUAAACUUCAAACUAUGGAAGCUGAUAGUAACGAAGUCCAAUCGUGCCUUAAAUAUAUCCGAGGACAGUUAAGAGAUCUUUAAGAAAUUGGACAAUGACAGCGUUGUGUUUUGAAGAUUAAAGCCCCCCCCCCCCUUAAAUUGCAGAAAAGAAAAAAACAGUAUCAGAUUGUUAUUU